CUCAGUCUCGGCAGCAUCCAGCAGCCACCCUCAGUCCACCACCCCCCACUGCCGAGAGAUACAGAGUAGCAGGAGAUCAUGGCGACGGCGCGGUGGCUUCUCGCUGCCGCGGCGGCGGCGCUGAUGCUUGCGAACUGCGCGUGGGCGGCGGCGCCGCGGAAGCCGGUGGACGUGCCGUUCCAGAAGAACUACGUGCCGACGUGGGCGGAGGACCACAUCCACUACGUGGACGGCGGGCGGGAGGUGCAGCUGUACCUCGACCGCAGCACGGGGACGGGGUUCCAGACGCGGGGAUCCUACCUCUUCGGCCACUUCAGCAUGCACAUGAAGCUCGUCGGCGGCGACUCCGCCGGCACCGUCACCGCCUUCUACCUGUCAUCGCAGAACUCGGAGCACGACGAGAUCGACUUCGAGUUCCUGGGCAACCGGACGGGGCAGCCCUACAUCCUGCAGACCAACGUGUUCACCGGCGGCAAGGGCGACCGCGAGCAGAGGAUCUACCUCUGGUUCGACCCAACCAAGGACUACCACUCCUACUCCGUCCUCUGGAACCUCUACAUGAUCGCGUUCUUCGUGGACGACGUGCCGAUCCGCGUGUUCAAGAACAGCAGCGGCGACCUGGGCGUCCGGUACCCGUUCAGCCAGCCGAUGAAGCUGUACUCGAGCCUGUGGAACGCCGACGACUGGGCGACGCGCGGGGGGAGGGAGAAGACGGACUGGUCCAACGCGCCCUUCGUCGCCUCCUACCGGGGCUUCCACGUCGACGGCUGCGAGGCCUCCGCCGAGGCCCGCUUCUGCGCCACCCAGGGCGCGCGGUGGUGGGACCAGCCGGAGUUCCGCGACCUCGACGGCGCCCAGUACCGCAAGCUCCGGGAGGUCCGCCAGCGUUACACCAUCUACAACUACUGCACCGACCGCGACCGGAACGCCGCCAUGCCGCCCGAGUGCGCCAAAGACCGCGACGUCUGAAUCUGAUCGUGCUAGCUGCUUGGUUUGGAUUUAGCAGCCUGCUACUGUAUUGUUUUGGUGUAUUUUGUGUGUUGCGUACGUGUGGUUCAUGGUUCAUUUCUGAGAGCCAUUUCUGAGCACGUACUCCUACCUAUUGUGCUGUACACUGUAUUGUAACGUCUCAGAGCAAGGUCACCAAUUGAUAUUGGCAUUGGUUUUGAAAAAUCAUCA